AUGGACCUCAUCCUCUCCAUACCCCUCCUGUCAACCCUAGCCACCCCAUCGUGGCAGACGUCGCUCAACAUCCUCUUCUUCUACACAACAUGGUCGACCCUAGUCCUCACCCAGAGAGCACCGUCCAUCCACUCGGCAUCCCUCCUCGUCCUCCGCAUAGCCCUAUGGCUAGUCCCAUCACUCAUCUUCACAGCCUUCGAUACCCUCCUCCCCAGCCUGGCCUCCAAUAUCAAGCUCCCCAGUGCCGCAUCGCCAUGCCCCCCGCGUCUCACCUUGCAGCGUCUCUCCCUGCCUGCGGGAAACAUGCUCCUUGUCACGGCCACUGAAUCGAUCAUCAGCUUUACCUUCUACCACCUCUUCGGCAACCCGCUCUUCCGUACCGCAACGACGCUUCCCCUCCCGUGGCAAAUGGUGCGACACAUGGCUCUCGUCGCCGCUGCACGUGAGAUUCUGACCUACUAUAUCCACCGUUUCAUCCUACAUGACCAGUCCUCUUCUUCUAUAUCUGGCCCCCUGUCUCGUCUGCACCUCGCCUACGCACAUGAAGGUCGCACCACCUGGCCCCUCCAGCUAUACGACGACCACCCGCUUCCUCUGCUCGUUUACCACCUCGUCCCUACCUUGCUGCCGUGCCUGCUCCUCCGUCCCCACCUACUCACUUACAUCCUGCUUACCGCCCUGUGGACGCUGGAGGGAACCCUCGUCACGUCAGGUUACUCUGUUGUUCCAGGCAUCAUGCUGGGCGGCAUGGCACGCCGCACGGCAGCCCACUAUGCCGGUCGCGGUGCCGGGAACUUUGGCCCGUGGGGUGUUCUCGACUGGGCACAUGGGACCAGUCGCGGGGGGGAUGUCGUCUCUGAUGCCAAGGAUGAGGCAGAUAAGCAUAAUGUCAAAGAAAAGUCUGCCGCAAAGGUGGACCGCGGUGCGUCUGAUGUUUCACAGGGACUCGACGCCCUCAGGGAUGGUGCACUCAAGAGGAGCAACAGGAAUGCGUCGAGAAAAUAG